AUGGCAACAAUGGGAGCCUCAGCGGCUUCUUCAAUCACUAUCUUUUUAGUGCUUUUCAUAUCUCUUACCUUUCCUUCUAAAACCGUAGCAAAUGGCUAUUUCUACGAUUCACCACCACCACCAAAACCAGUGUACAAGCCUGCACCAGUGUAUGACCCUCCUACACCAGUUUACAAACCUCCAGUGUAUACUCCUGUUUACAAGCCUCCAGUGUACAAACCUCCGGUGUACAAGCCACCUGUCUACAUCCCAGUGUACAAGCCACCAGUUUACAAGCCACCAGUCUACAAGCCUCCUGUGUAUAAGCCUCCUGUCUAUACCCCAGUGUACAAGCCACCAGUUUACAAGCCUCCUGUGUAUAAGCCUCCUGUCUACACCCCAGUGUACAAGCCACCAGUUUACAAGCCACCAGUCUACAAGCCUCCUGUGUACAAGCCUCCUGUCUACACCCCAGUAUACAAGCCACCAGUCUACAAGCCUCCUGUCUAUACCCCAGUGUACAAGCCACCAGUUUACAAGCCUCCUGUCUACACCCCAGUGUACAAGCCACCAGUUUACAAGCCACCAGUCUACAAGCCUCCUGUGUACAAGCCUCCUGUCUACACCCCAGUAUACAAGCCACCAGUCUACAAGCCUCCUGUCUAUACCCCAGUGUACAAGCCACCAGUUUACAAGCCUCCUGUCUACACCCCAGUGUACAAUCCACCAGUUUACAAGCCACCAGUCUACAAGCCUCCUGUGUACAAGCCUCCUGUCUACACCCCAGUAUACAAGCCACCAGUUUACAAGCCUCCUGUGUAUAAGCCUCCGGUUUACAAGCCACCAGUUUACAAGCCUCCAGUAUACACCCCAACCUACAAGCCCCCAGUGUACAAGCCUCCCGUUUACAAGCCUCCAGUAUACAAACCUCCUGUGUACACUCCAACUUACAAACCCCCGGUUUACAAGCCCCCCGUUUACAAACCUCCUGUCUACAAGCCACCAGUUUACAAACCUCCGGUAUAUACCCCAACUUACAAGCCCCCCGUUUACAAGCCUCCAGUUUACAAGCCUCCCACCCCUAUUUACUAA